AUGAGAUGGGAUUAUGUGAUCAGUAAGAUGCAGCUAAAAUACAGUAAACUGAAUACAAUUUUAUCAUAUAAGGUAUUACGAGAAUGUACUUGAUUUAGUCACAUAACUACGACUGUGUAGUCCUGGAUAAGGGCUUCUGCUAUUGAAUUAAAUGAAAUUAAUAAUAACACAUUUAUGUUUGUCUUUGCGUUGUUACAGCUCACUUCCCCAGAAGAGAACCCACUGCCAGACAAGUAGAGAUAUACAUUGAAUGGCAGAACUGGGAGAAGAACAAAGUGAAGGUGGAGGAUGUCCUUCGUUACUGGCAACCUUCAAGCAAGACUGACAACAAAAGACAAGGCAAUUAUGAAGCUGGUGAAGUCCCAGAAGUGGAAAGGACUGUACAUUGCCAGUGA